GACUUUAUCGAAAUAAUAUAUUUAGGAUCAUUGGACGGUAGUUUGGAGAAACUAAACUUGAUGGGGAGAUCGUUUCAAAAACCGCGUGACUGUUGUGGUCACGUGUUUGUAGUGAAGUUGUCAAAAUAGUGUAUACAGUGUGUAUCAUGAAAAUAAGUUUUUACAUAGGGAGUGGCUUUUUUCUACCUUAUUCAAACAAAAACUGGGCACAAUAUUGAGUCGAUAAGUCUUAAAAAGUCCCACCGAUACUUUCCUAAUGAAAAUUUUGGUAAUUUGUUGAGAUGAAUUUUGUAAACAGUUCGAGCUAUUUUUAUUGCUUACUUUAAUAGACUUGCGGUUUAUAUUUAUUGUGUUUACCGUACUAAGUCGGUCGUUUUGCACGAAGCUUAGGAACAGUUGUCGAAAAACAACCUGGUGAGUGCGUGAGUCUUUUCGGUAAAAAAAUCGAAAAGGGAGUUCAACUGUACAGAGUCUGGAUCGAUCAUUCAGGCUUAAAAAAUAUUCAAUGUUUCUGAGGAAAGUGCAUCUUUCAAGUUACCACUAUUAGGACACUGAUUUUCAGUAUAAAAAAAAUGCUGCAGGAUUUGACAUAGAGGGUCCCUCUCCAGGCGGGAGGGCCUUGGGAAUGCUGAUAAUGCCUUCAGUGCUGGAAGAAGUGGAGGAUAACUCCGUUUAUACCCCCUUAGUAGACUCCAGUGGAAUAACAGUGAUUCCACCAAGUCCUUCUUCCAAACCCCUUAAGAAUAUUGGUGAUAUCAGAUUACUUUUACAACAAGGUCGAAAACAAGAUGUUAAACAAAUUCUUAGGAAUAAUGCUUGGCCUGUCAACAGUCCCAUUCGUAAAGAGUUAUGGCCACUUUUAUGCACACAACAUCAAAAUGGUAAAUCAAAUUUUAUGGAUGGUUUUUAUUGGGAUAUGGUAAAUCAAGUUUUUGGGACCACAGAGCUACCAGAUAAGUCUAUAAGUUUACCACCAUUCGUAGAGCCAUCACAUUGCCUUUCAUACUACAUGACGCAUAAAGGUAGAAGUAUAACAGAUCGUGUUGUGUCAGUGUUAGGAUAUGCUUGCCCUGAUAUAGUUUACAGCCCUACCAUUUAUCCAAUAUGUGCACUUCUUCUUCAUUUUAUGACUGAAGAAGAAGCGUAUCAUUGUAUGGCAAGUUUAGUGGCGUCAAAAGAAAAAACCUUCAUCACCCAAACCAAACUUUUAUAUGAAGUUACUUGGAAGACUGUCAUGCAAAUUUGCAAAAAACACGUUAAGUCAGCGGCGGUUCAUAUUCAACGGCAUUGCGCUGCAAAUAGAUCGGAAAAAAUCUACAUGGAUUGGAUCUGGUGGAUUUUCCAAGGGCUACCUUUCCAACAUCUAGUGAGGGUAAUGGAUUGCUUUUUUCACGAAGGCAUUAAGGUGCUCUAUCGAACGGCGAUGGCUAUACUCAUCUUAUUCCAAAAAUCUUCAACUCCGUCAUCUUCCGAAUGGCUAGCGGAGAUUCAGAAAAACGGAAUCGAUAGCGCGUUAUCCAAAUUUUGUAAAGAAUGCCCAGUAUCGCCGCAAAAGGUAUUAAAAGUAGCGUUCGGCAUCAGAGGGUUGAGUUCCUCAUAUAUAUCGAGGGUAUUUUUGAAGACUGAAAUGAUCUUAAGGAGUAAGAACGUCGUUAACGGUUCCAGACAGUUAUUUAAGUCGAGGUCGAGUGAGAACUUACCAAACAGUCAAAGUCAAAAUAAUAUUCAGAUGGUAUCACACACACUCACUAUUAGGGAGGGAGCUCAUUCACCAGGUCCUCGUACCCUAUCAAUGGGCAUCUAUCCCAUACAGAACAUUAAUUCGUGUAUACUCGGCCAACAGGACUUGCUUACACUUUGGUCCUGGUUGCCUGUAAGAAUUACAAUGUAUCAACCCAUUUUGCUCUACACCACCGAAGAACACGGAUGCUCAUUGACGACGUUCUACGUCAGGGUGGAACAACACGAGCCCACGUUAUUGAUGAUUAAAACGUGCAAUAAUGAGGUAUUCGGAGCUUAUUGCUCUUCUCGUUGGGUUGAAAGAAAUAUAAAAGAUGACAGAGGUAAUAGACAAGCAUAUUUCGGUACUGGCGAAACUUUCCUGUUUUCUCUCUAUCCAGAAAGAGCUAAGUAUCCUUGGGUGGGUAUGGAAGUGGAUAAAGUCCAACAUGGCGCAGAACUCUUCAUGGCUGCUGAUUCCAAGAUGAUAACCAUAGGAGGCGGUGAAGGCCAAGCAAUUUGGAUGGACGAAAACAUAAGAUACGGAAAAACCGACACAUGUGCCACCUUUAAUAAUCCACCUCUAGUUCCAGGAGGUGACUUUGAAAUCAGAGUUCUGGAAGUUUACGGUUUUGCCACUGAUCAACUCAGUUAAACAACGAAAUUCAUCGAAACUGAAAAAACAUAUAAAAAAUAGAUUUUUAUAUUAUUGAUGUGUACGGUUUGACCAAACAUUUCAUUUAUCCAAAUAUUUUGGAUAUAGUUUCAUGUAUUACUUUUCGGACAAGCUGUACAAAUACGUUUAUUUGUACAGUUAUUUUCGCGAUAUGUAUUCUCAUGUACAGAGUUAUUUUUCAUCAACAAAAAAAUUAUCUUUCUCAUUUUUUUUAAACGGUUUCUGAAAAAAAAAACUUAUUUAUUAAAAUGAAUAUGUGUCCAUCCUUCCAUCAGAAAUUUCUUGAGAUGUCGAUCAAGAAUUGGGACCUUCAUACAUUAUUAUAAAUAUCAUUAAAAACGAUUCAAUUUUAUAUAAGAAAUUGUAGUUUUGGUGUCUUGAAGCUUAAUGUUUAUAUUAAAUAACUCUGUUUAUGUUGCUUACGUUUUUUCUUUUUGCGAAAAAAGUAAGAAGUAAAAGUGAAAAAAUUCAUCGUCUGCAUUCCACCAAUGCUUGAAGUUAUAUGCUUUUUCACGUGUUUAAGUCAAGAGAUGCAAAAGUGAUGAAAAAACUGCAAGUGUUGAUUGUGUAAAUUGAAAAAUUACACAGGUGGAUAUGACCUGUAGCGUUGUCACUUUUGGAUGGCUUGGAAUUCUUCAAAUACUAAUUAUUGAACAAAAAAGUCUUCUGAAGCAGAUUGGUAGGUUUGUUAAUAUACCAUUUUUUAGGUAUUUAGAUGACAUCUAGUCGUUGUAAUAGAAAGAAAGCAAACUCGUUUUUCCCUUGUAUAUUUUUUAACUUAUAAGUUUCUUUUUUUAUGUAUAUAUUUAAAUAGUGUAUUUUGUUGAAGCGUCUCUAAAAAGUGUUGAAUCUAUUUUUUCAGAAAUUCUGAAAAAUUUAAUAUUUUUUAUGCAAUUGUAGUGUGUACAUUAAUCAAAAGCUUUAAAAUUUUGUUCUGAUCAAAAAUUAAAGUAUCAUUGAAAUUUUUCAAAAUUUCCGAAUAUUACUUUCUUGUAGAUGAUUUUACGUUGGACUAUUAAAAAUUUUAUGUAUAAAAAUUUUAAAAACUGUCAUAAUACUAGCAAAAGUAAAGAAAGAAAGGAAACAAAUUUUACAUGUAGGCUUCAGUAAAAGAAAUAUGUUAGUAUAUGGCUCAAAGAAUUUGCCAAAAAAAUAUUUUUAUAUUUUUUUUACGCUUAUCUGAUAUAGUAUUAGUACAGUUUUUAUUGACCUUUGUUUUAGUGCCAAAAAUGUCAUUAACUCAUUUGUGGCAUAUUAUAUUUCAAGAAUCAACCAUUUCGCAGUAUCUAAUAUAAUUUGAUUUCAUUCUGCAAUUCUUUUUUAUUUUAAAUCGUCAUUUAUCAACUGAAAUUUUUAUUAAACUGAAAUGAAAUGCGAAAAUUAAUCUUAUGGUGAAAAUGUGUUCCACGUUUUAGAUUUUUCUAAAUUAGUUCUAGCUGCGCAGUCCUUAAGAGUUGUAGAACUUUACAAAA